ACGGAGUGGCAUUAUACACGUUCGUUUGUUUGCUCGUUCGUAACAUUUUGCUUGUCGUCGCUCAUCACCAUUGACAGCAUGCUGUAAUUUUUUUUGUUGGUUGGGAUCUUUUUCCUCUCUUUUUUUGUUUUGUUUUGUUGAACAAAACAAAACAUUUUUUAAUUUGAUUUUUAUUUCAAACAAAAUUUUAAAAUCAUUUAAAUUAAUUAUUUUGCGUAAAUAAAAUUCUUGAGAAAAAUUUGUUUUUUUUCAUUCGAAAUUUGACCGUAAAAAAUUCUGCUCAUCGGAAUUCAUUGUUUUUGUUGUUUUUCAUUGUCAUUUGGCUCAAUGUUAUUGUUGAGUGACGUUACGAAAACCGCCCUCUAUUAUCAUCAUUUGUUACUAAUCAUAUUUUUAUCCAUUUAAUUAGAAAAAAUAAAAAUAAAAGAUGCUUUAUCUUGAAGAUUAUCUUGAAAUUAUUGAAAAUCUACCACAAGAAUUACGUGAUAGAUUUACUGAAAUGAGAGAAUUGGAUCUUCUAGUCAACAAUGAAAAAGAUAAACAUGAAGAAAAUCAACGACAUUUUUUCAAUCCACGUACAGCUGAUCUACCCGAAGAAAUUAUUGAACAAGAAUAUUUACGUUUGAAACAGGAUUUUGAAAAGAUCAUCGAAUAUUCAUUGGAAAAAGUAUCCAUAUCAAUUCAACUAAGUGAAUUGAUUGAUAAAUAUUAUCGUCGAUUAGAAGUUGAAUUACAAAAAUUUAAAUUAGAAUUAGAAGCCGAUAAUGCCGGUAUUACUGAACGAUUGGAAAAACGUAUCUCUGAAUCCGAUAUGGUAACAUCAACCAAUUCGGGAAGAGGUGAAAAACGUAAACAUUCAUCAUUAGUAUCGAAUGCAGGAAGUGGCAAAUAUAAUAAUAAUAAUGAUAAAAAUUUAAAUGAUCAACGUACAUUGAAUGGUUAUAAUGUAUCGAAACAGUUGAGAAAUUCAAUGGCAAACAUGUCAUCAACACAAUCAUCAUUUGAUAAUAAUAAUUUAAAUCUUUCAAAUUGGAAUGCAAAAACAUCGGAUAAAACCAUAUCAAAUUAUAAUAAUAAUAAUUUAAAUACAAAAAUGAAUUUAUCCGGUUCAAAUGCAAUAGCUGCAAUUGCAUCACAAGCUAUCGUACAAACAUCACAAUCAAAUACUGUUGGUAGAAAAACGGCAAGUUUAAAAGCAAGUUAUGAAGCUAUCAAUUCAAAUUCUGGUUUAUCAAAUUUUUAUCAAUUUAAUACGAAUCGUUCGGAUGAUGAACGUAUUGGUGGUGAUCAAUCGGGUGGUGAACCAAAACGUUCACGUAUUAAACGAAAUCGUACUAGUAAUAAUCAAUUUAAUCUUGAUUCAACAAAUAAUAAUAGUUCAGAUCCAGGGUCAUCCGAUGCAGCUAAUAAUGAUUAUAGUAUGAAUGAACCACGUUAUUGUUAUUGUAAUUCUGUUUCAUAUGGUGAAAUGAUUUUCUGUGAAAACAAAGAGUGUCCAUAUCAAUGGUUUCAUUAUGAUUGUGUGGGUAUUAAAGUACCACCGGAUGGUAGCUGGUUUUGUCCAACCUGUAUAAAAGAUAUUAAAGAACGAUAUAAAAAAGAUAAUUUUGGCAAUUGAAUUUGAAUUUGCAUGGAAUCAAUGGUUUUCUUUUGUCAACUUUAUCAUAUCCACCCAUACCACCCACAUUACUACAUUAAUUAUUGAAUUUGUUGUAAAUAUUUUUAUCAUUUUUUUUA